UCUGACUCAAGGACUAACCGGAAGUAGUGUGUUUGCAACCUUCCCUGACCGGAAGUGAAUGUGAUGAGCAUGGAUGCCGGCCGGUGAGACUGAAUGUUUGCGACAGUGCGGUCAUCUUCCGGAUAGUUUGGGAUUGUUUGGCCAAAGCCUCUCACUUACGGCUGCCUAGGUUACUAUUUAUCACGGGGCUGAAUGAAACCCACAGCAGUUUAUGACAUUUAUUUUACGUCAGUACCUUCUGUCAUUGUAUUACGGUUACUCCGAAUGACUCCUGUGAUAUUGUAUUCACCGAGUUCGGUAUAUUUUAACUCACUGUCUUGCCAGUGCUGUCUAUGACAUCUCCACCAUAGUCCUAACCCCCUGACUCCCACUCAGCACCCCCCUGACUCCCACUCAGCACCCCCUGACUCCCACUCAGCACCCCCUGACUCCCACUCAGCACCCCCCUGACUCCCACUCAGCACCCCCUGACUCCCACUCAGCACCCCCCUGACUCCCACUCAGCACCCCCCUGACUCCCACUCAGCACCCCCUGAGUCCCACUCAGCAAUGACAGCAUCCAGCUCAUGUCCUGUAUGAUUCUCCAUCCUCUUGUAAGCAGCCCAGGCAGAUUAAUAAUAUUCUCCCCAUUCCUGUCCGUAUUGACACUAGACAGCCCGUUGACACUCUCUUGUGGUUUUCUCACCCUAUAUUUUGACCACUUGGUAAAGUAGCUGCUAAUGUCAGGGCCCAUGUCUUCAGUCCUUAGUGGAUGCCCUCAAAGCCCUGUGACUUGUACCAGUGCCUGGCUGUGUGAUGCAGAGCUGAGCUCUGUGCUAAAUGUCUCAUUUUCAGAAAAUACGAAAAAGGAGGAAAAAGACAUCACAAGGGAAUGCUGUGUGCAUUUGGAACCAGCACCAAACUUGGAGAUUGGUAGUCCAUGCUCAUUGAUCUUAUACUGUGUUGCUCAAGGAAAAGAUAGAAUUCUGAGCCUCAAUAUUUGCAGCCAAGCAAAAACCAUUGAAGUCUACAGUUUGUCAUCUGAUGGGCAAGAGGAGGAGUACUUGGGAACCAGUAGAGGGGAGCACCUAUGUACAUUUCCAAGCAAUAAUGAGGAAGCAAGCUCUGUUACAUUGUACAACACCUACCUUAAGUUGGAUUUUCCUGUGCCAUCAUGCAAAGUCAAGUUACUUUCUCUUGGUGGGAAGCAGCGUGUCUUUCUGAGUGAGAUUUCUGUGCAAGUUACGUCAGUCCCUGAAAAAUGUUCUCAGGCAUCUGCUGCAUUAGGUCCAUCCAUUAAUUUGGACAGAGUGCAAAGUAUGAUGGACAGCAUGGGUGGAAAAAUGUCUCCUGGCGCAGAGCAGCUUAUGAGCAUGGUGCGUGCUCAGCAAAAGCAUCAGAUGCCAUUUGGCACUCACUUGUUGCAGUUGUUCAGCAAUUUCGGCAGUGGGAUUGAUAGAGUCCAGAAGCAUGAAGAAGGGGAAUCACAAAUUCCAUCAGCAAAUCAUCUUCUUGGUCAAAAGCAAGAUCCCCAUAAGCAGAAUCAAGACUUUCACUCGUCUGUGGAACCUAGCACCACCUUUCAAUGCACUGGCCCACCAAACAGUAACUUAAAGACAAUACUGCCUUCAUUCUUGCAGGCUCAAAAAGGUUGCAUUGCGGGUGGGUAUAGCACUGACUCUCUGCUACCCUUUUUGCAAAACUUGUCUGUAGAAAAUAAACAAAGUUCAACUCAGCAAGGAGCAACAAAACCAAUGUGUCAAGAAACAAGGGAGACUGAAAUUGGUGCUAACUUAGAAGGACUACUUUCUGUACAAAUGGAACGAAUGGAGCGGGCUCUUAUGCAACAUAUUGACCAGAGAAUGAAAAUUCUGGAGGAUCACCUAGAUGCAAGACUGGAUCACUUAAUCAAUGUUAUACAGACUAGCACCUCCACCUCUUCUGGAAAGACGAGGGAGACAAAAAUGAAUGGAGACAGCGACCAUAGUGGAGAUGGAAAUAAUGACUGUAUUGUGCUUUCCAAGCAUUACUUAUCAAACAUGUCUACUCAUUCUUAACAUUUUCUUAUCACUUCUUUUAAGUCAUAUCAUAGCUUGCAGCUCCCACAUGUCUUGUACAUAUUACAGCUCAAAUAAUUGGGAAAAUGUGUUCUCCUUAUACGAUAAUAUAUGGUAAAUAUUGGUAACAUGUGACUGUAGAUGUGCACUUGUGGCUGUGUUUCCCACAGGUGGCUAGCUGAGCGGCAUUGGGUAACGUUGGCCACAACAGGCGCAGUGUAAAAUGCCAACUAUUGUAAUGUAGAACAUUUUCAGUGAGUCUUUACACACUUUUAUACACACACAGGCUUAUUCACUAAAGUGCAACUUGUUGGGAAUUCAAAUUGAACUCAAGAGUUUUAGCUAAAAUAGCCUCCCUGAAAACAUGAAUGAAUUGGAGAUUUUCUUCAAUUUGGCUGUUUUGGCCCUAAAAUUUGUAAAUCAAUUUCAAUUCCUACCAAUGAUACUAAUAGUCUUUAGAGAAUAUCACAUGGCCUGGACCAGUUUCAAUCACUGGAAUAAAAUAAAUACAUAAAAAUCUAUUUAACGAAGUACAUAUCUCUACUUAACAUUAGGGGUAACUACUGACAAUAGGUUAAACUGUUUGUGAAUCAGGAACAUUACCCUUUCAGCUCAUCAGAUCCUUAAAGCAAGUAUUAUCGGAUCUGUGUUUCAUAAGAAGUAAUAGAAGACAGUAUGGAGAAAAUGAUAAUUUCUAACUAAAGGGGCUCUCCGGACUAAAUAUGCACUCCUCCUUUUUAGAUAUUUGUUAUUGAUAUAUCUUUAGAUUUCAUUUCCAUCCUAAUAUUUCUAGUUAAAAAUUAAAUUCUACCUUUUGUGUGCUUUUCUCUUCAGAGUAGCGGCUUCUUAGCUGCUAUUUUGUCCUUUCCAGAUUCAGUUUUGCAAGCUGACUGAGAUCCAAUCAAAGUGAAGUAAUCGUUCUCCAUAGGAAGCACUGUGAGAGGCAGAGCAAGGAGCCCGUGACUUCAUUAUCAUCACUCCUUGCACUUUUUGUCCACUGCCCUGCCUUCUUCCCUCUUUCUCAAACACACUAAAGCCCUCUCCUCCUUAAAAAAAUGGAACAGACAACUUCUGAUCUCCCAUUCAAUUAGAAAUUAUGACUAUCAUAUGUGUUAUGUGAUCAGUGUUAUUUAUCAUGUCGAUUGCAAACCGUAUUACCGGUAAUGUAUAAGAAUGGAGAACAGAUCUUCGUUAUACUUGACUAUGGGCACAAGUCAUUUUCCAGUGAGAGGCUCUGCAGGUACUCUGCCUCCCUGCUCGGGCAUUUCAGUGGUAAAUAAGAACUGACCAUUAAGGCUACAGCAUUUGCUCAUAACAACAAAUGCCAGAUGGGACUGUUUGGAUAUAGGAAACACAAAGACUGACUCCCUGACAUUUUUGAAUACUUAUCGCAUAUCUCCCUGGACUACUGACCUUUGCCUUUUCCAUGUUGGUUUUUCCCACCGCUCAGCUCUCAUUGAUAUCACAGUGGCAGAGCUCCAUACGUACACAGAGAUAAAGGCUAAUAAGGAACACUUUUAGAGUUAUUCACUAAAGUGAGAGUUGACAGGAAUUCAAAGUGCAUUUCAAAUUUAAAGUAAAAAAAGUCAAAAUGAAAUCAGAAUUAACGUAGAGAUUUUUUUUUUUAUUUGGCCU